GAUCAAGUCCGCCAAAUGGCAUCGACAGAGACACCCGAGACCGCCAAGCCGACGAGCCCGACGGACAGGACCGAGGCCGGGCCGUCGCUGCUGAAGCAAGUCGACAUCGAUAGCGCCACUCGAGAAACGCUGGAAGAAGCCGAAAGGGAUCUCGCCGAACUCAUCGCACGGAAGCGGGGCGUCGACAAAUCGCUGGCCAGUAUCGAAGCCAACAUCUAUGCGCUUGAGGGCGCCUAUCUCGAAGACACACAUCUGCAUGGCAACAUUAUCCGCGGGUUCGAUGGCUACCUGAACACGAGGGUCGACAGGAAGAAGCAGCGAUUUACGGAGCAAGAUCGACUGUUCUCGCAGUCGUCGGUGACCUACUUGAAGGCACUGGAGAUGAGAGAGCGAGAGGAGUUGGAGCGCAACGACGAUGUCAGUCCGGACUCGCCGGUCCCCAAGAUCCGAAGCACCCCGCUGAAGAAGAUCAAAAAGACUCUCUUUGCGACUCCCGACACUGAGCGAAAGAAGAAGAAGAUCCGGCUGGUACGGUCUGACGAAGAAUAGAGCGCACCCAAAACGAACGGAGCAGCCUGUUUUGCGUCAGGGUUGUCGCUUUCCUGGAUCCUGAAUACACACCCAUCUAUCGCCCCACCAUACCAAGUGUGCUCGCG